AUGGCACUAAUGGGAAGAAAACCCUCAAGACGAAUUGUCGCGGCAAUUGUCGCAGUUGGACUUUUAUGGAUGAUUCGCACCAUGCUGCCUGGGCUAAAUAAGCCGAGCAGAAAAAGCUUGACGCGUGAUAUAGGCGCUCAACUAGUUUCGGAGCUGUCUGCCAGGGCUGAAAACAAAAAUAACGAGGCGCUUGUGCCAGAUGAGACCUGUGGUGCUUAUUUUGCCGCCCUCAAAGCCGCCGAACCGCUCUGGUGGAACAACUACCGGGAAAAUUCAGAAUCGUUUUCCGACGAGUAUGAGGCCGAAAAUCUACGGCUGAUUUUAGAACGCGUGCGGGUCUAUGAGACAUGUCUCGCACAAAACGCACUCCCGGCACAGAUCGCAGAUCUUGACGCACGGAUGUUCCCUUUUAUUCGUCUGGGCGAAUUUCCCACAUUCACCUCUGGCGAUCUUCAAAAACACUACGAUGGUGGCAAUGUACCCUUGAUGGGACAGCGCGACACUUUUAAGUUCCGCUACGAUUGCGAACAGUCGUGGCUUACAAAUUGGAAUCGUUUAUGUCUCAAAUCCUCUGCGGCGAAUUCGCGAGGUAUCGUUAUGUCGUUUCCAGAUUCGCAUGUGUCACUGGCAAUUCGGCUCAUAAAGGUGUUAGCUCACCAACAAAACCUACUGCCGAUCCAAGUCGUGCACAAGGGCGAUUUAUCGCUGGAAUCGCAAAAGCAAAUAUCUGAGGCGCUCCCGCAAGGACAACACUUGUGGUUCGUAGACGUCAGUCCGAUGCUGCACAAGACAUUCAUUUCAGAUUUCCACACCUAUAGAAAUAAGUGGCUUGCAACGAUAUUCAGUACAUUCACUGAAAUUGUAUUUAUUGAUGCUGAUGCUAUAUCGUUACUUCCAAUGAAAAACUACUUUGAUCUCCCAGAGUACAAAGAGUCUGGUACUCUUUUCUUCAAAGAUCGAGCAUUUGCUCACAAAUUCGAUUUUCCUUACUGUGUUCCAGCAUGGAAAUCACUACAGCCAACAUCUUUUGAAACUAAAUAUUUGGGCCGCAAAAGAACGAUUGACAUAUCCCUGAUGCUCUCCAGCAAUCCUACUACAGAACAAAUUAUAAUACAAACGUUGUUUGUGGGGCAUCAGCGUCAUCAUAUGGAUAGCGGACUCUUAGUAGUGCAUAAAUCCAAGCAUUUGAUGGCUCUCCUGACAGGCAUAUUCAUUAAUUUAGCUCCGAACCUCUCCAAAUGUACACACGGGGACAAAGAGUCUUUUUGGCUGGCAUUUCUUUUGUCUGGCCAUGAUUACAAGUUCCACCCAACUAUAGCGAGUGCCCUGGGAAAAGUUAAUGAAUAUAACGAAAUUUGCUCGGUACAAUUGGGUCAUACCACCACCACGGGGAACUUAUUGUGGUUUAAUAGCGGCUUUAGAGUUUGCAAAUUCUCAGAUGGUAUAGAUUACGACUGGGAUGGCUAUAAAAAAGAUGAGCUACACGAUAAGUACUCUUCGAUUGAUGACGCUCGAGAGUAUUAUCAAUCCAUGAUUAAAAUUGAUUCAGCAAUUUUACCAGAUGUUUUUGUGAAUCCGUGGGGUGGUGGGUUUACCGACUUAUGCAUAGGCUAUACCUAUUGUGCGAGGGUUACCGAAAAUGAUGGUCAAAUAGUCAAAUUUUCAGAGGAAGAGGUCGAUAGACUUCAAGAAAUCGGGUCCGUUUGGAUGAAGGCUACCGACGUGGAGCUCACUUACUUCAACACUUAA